AUGUUUACUUUACUUUAUCAAAAAAAUCAAAAAUUUGAUGUCAAGUGUAUAUUUCCUAUAUAUUUCCAGAACUUUUGAAAGUUUAAAGUUAUACGUGCUUGCCUGUGAUUAAAAUUUCUUUCAAGUAAACUGUGGCUGCUUCACAAUCACAACUUUCAACUUUGUCUUUUAAUACACUCAUAGCUGUUAAAAUUCCGGCUGAUAUUGAUUAGGAGUACUUGAAGUUCUCUAUCACAACAUCAUGAAUAAACGAAAGGCGGAUGACAAUGAGGAUGAUAUCCUGGAUAUGAAAUUUAGUAAGAGGAAAGGAGUUAUUGAAGAAGAAGACGAUGACGACGACGAUGAAAACGACGACGGCAAAAAGUACGAAAUCUUGAAGGAAGAUGACAUUGAAGGCCAAGAAGCGGGUGUCGUAACAAACGAAGGAGAUGUACAAAUUACUCCAUUCAAUAUGAAAGAAGAAAUGGAGGAAGGUCAUUUUGACACUGAAGGAAUGUAUCAUUGGAAUAAAGAAAGUAACGUGAGAGACAAUUGGCUUGAAAACAUCGACUGGAUUAAAAUCAAAUCGAACGAAGAAAAUUUGCCUAAAAAACAAGAAUCCGAUGACGAUGAAGAAACUUCAUUUGAUGAAAUAGGGAAUUAUAAACAAGUUCUACUGUACAUGCGGGAACGUGAAAACGUAGCUGCCACCCUACGACGUUUGGGUGGUUCCAAGUCGUUGUCUGCUUCCGAACGAUUGAAAAGGAAAAAAGCCGGCAUAGCUUUGACAGAAGAAGAAAAAGGCGAUAAAGAAGCUGUUACCAAAGUAACCGAAUUAGCAGAUGCUAUUUUAUCACGAACCGGAAAUAUGAAUAUUUAUCAAGAAACGUACGAGCAGAUUUCUAAAAAAAUAAAUGACCAAGAAAAGAAAAUGAGUAAGAAAAGUUUCGCUGCGGAUCUCGAUAUGUAUGCUGACGAUUUUGACGAAAAAGAAAAGGCAGAAUUGACUACCGCAUCAACUAGUAAAGCAAGUUCAGACACCGCCGUUGAAGAAUCUGAGGGUAAUGAUGUCAAGUGGGAGAUUAAGAAGAGUUUAGAUGCUGAGGCUAUUGAAGGACCUUAUUCUACUGAACAAAUGAAUAAAUGGAUGCAAGAAAAUUAUUUCAAAGAACAAGUUUGGGUACGAAAGUUCGGCUCAAGCAAUGAAUUUUAUUCGUCUAAAAGAAUAGACUUCGAGUUAUAUUUAUAAACUAUAGACAUCUACGAUUUACUCAAAAAAUCUUACCAAACCACGGUAAUUUACUGUGAAGUGUAGUUUUUGAAUUAUUUUUGUUACUCGAUGGGACAAGAAUAUGUAUUACAUAUCUUCUUCAAUUCGAUAUCUAAUUCGCUUACGUUUGAAUGUGACUACUUCUGCGGAUUCCGAAUCCAUCUCCAAGAUGAACUUGAAACUAUUUCAUAAUUUCUAAUUAUUCGUUGAUUCUGUUCUUCUAUGACUAUUAUUCGUUUACAUUAUGUUCAGUGUUUUCACUUCUUAUGAAGGAAAGCUUUUGGGUGUGAUUUUUUUGAAUAAGUACCUUUAAUGUGGUCUGUUGACUUAAUGAUGUGUUAUAAGGUAUUCUUAAAAAAUUUAGCUUCGCUUUUGAAAAAUA